AUGGGCAAAGACUACUAUGCAAUACUCGGCGUGUCCAAAGACGCUGAAGAGGACGCUAUCAAGAAAGCAUAUCGCAAACAAGCAUUAAAGUGGCAUCCGGAUCGGAACAAAGACAAGCCUGAAGAAGCCAAGAAGAAGUUUCAGGAAGUGGGAGAAGCGUUUGAAGUCUUGAGCGAUAAGAACAAGCGAACAAUAUACGAUCAGUAUGGCGAAGAAGGUCUCAAAGGCGGCGGACCACCACCACCAGGCGCCGGCGGUGCUGGUGGAUUUCCUGGCGGUUUUGGUGGAGGUUUCCCAGGUGGCGGUGGAGGCGGCGGCGGUGGACGCACCUACACUUUCAACAUGGGUGGAGGUGGUCCGGGUGGAGGAUUCAAACCAUUCCAUCCUUCCGAUGCAGAUGACAUUUUCAAACAUUUCUUUGCGUCCAUGGGCGGUGGCGGCAUGCCUGGCAUGGGCGGUAUGGGAGGAAUGGGCGGUCGCGGUGGUGGAAUGUAUGGCGACGGACGACGCACACAGCAGCAACAGCAGCAGCAGCAGCAACAACGACAACAACCACCAGCCAUCAAACGACCACUGCCGAUAUCCUUGGAAGAUCUGUACAAGGGCACGACCAAGCGACUCAAAGUGACGCGCAAGAUCCGCGAUGGAGCCACAGGACGGUCAGUCAGCACGGACAAGAUCUUGACGAUCAACGUGAAGCCCGGAUGGAAGGCCGGUACGAAGAUUCGUUUCCCCGGUGAAGGAGACGAGUUGGACAAUGGCAUGACACAAGAUAUCGAGUUUGUCGUCGAAGAAAAGCCGCAUCCGACAUUCAAGCGUGAGGGUGAUAAUCUGCGAGUAACAGUCCAGCUCUCGCUUGCCGAGGCGUUGACGGGCUUUUCAAAGACAAUCACCACGCUGGACGGACGUAGGUUGGGUGUGAAUAACUCGAGUGCGGUGGUGCAGCCGGGCCAAGAAUCAAGAGUGUCCAACGAAGGCAUGCCGAACUCAAAGACGGGACGGAAAGGUGAUUUAAUUAUCAAGUACGAUGUAAAGUUCCCUACAAGCCUGAGCAGUGCACAGAAGGAUGCCAUCAAAAGUGCGUUCCAGUAA